UGGGUCAUCACCCCGUCCCUGACUGACUCUCGAUGUGAGGGUACGCUUUCCACCCGACUGACAGUCCAGCAAUAACGAAAUUCAAGUACCGGUGUUACCCCAAAGAUUAAAAAUGGCUGUAGUUCUUCCUGGUGGACUUAUGGAGAUUGUCUUCUCCUUCGACACAACCGGUUCCAUGAACGCCUGUCUGACCGAAAUUAGAGGUCGACUCCAGGACAUAAUACAGCGACUCCAGGCUGACAUCCCCGCCAUCAGAAUGGCCGUCUUCGCCCACGGUGACUACUGUACCAAAUCAUCAUAUGUCACAAAAUGGAUCGACUUCUCCACUGACGUCAAGAAACUCUGCGACUUCGUCAUGAACGUCAAAGGUACCGGGGGCACUGAUGAUGGCGGCGAGUGUUACGAGCUUGUUCUCAGACAGGUUGGGGAAAAUUUGUCAUGGACACCAGGAUCCAACCGAGCCCUGGUCCUUGUCGGGGACGACAACCCCCAUGAACCAAAUUUCAGAGCUAAUAAACGAAAGAUAGACUGGAGAGAGGAGAUUCGAACUCUCCACACAAUGGGAAUAAAGAUUUACGGAGUCGAGUGUGAUAACUGGGCUACGAUAUUCUACCGGACUAUUUCCAAAGAGACAGAAUGUCGACAUCUUAAAAUCGAAAACUUUACUGAUAUAUUUGACUUCCUCAUGGCCAUCUGCGACAGGGAACAUGGAGCAGAAAUCUUUCAUACGAAGACGUCAGCUGGCGUUCCUGAGAAAGAUGAGACAGCACCAGUCUUAAAGACGACGACAUCCAUGCAAGGAGUCAAACAGGCCAGGAAGAAUGCUACUGUUGCUGUCAAGGAAAAGUUGAAGGUUCCCCGUUUGAAGAAAACAGCAUCCAGUCGAGGGGUCCAAAAGUCUAAACGUAGGUCAACCAGAACACCGAGAACCAAAUCACUGAAGGUGAAGGGAAAAUAA